AUGUCUGUGGUAAACAGCAACUCUACGCCGUUGGAACACGGCGAUUUCGGCUUGCAUCGUGGCUUCAGCACCGGCUCUGACAAGUUGGGCCCCAUUGCCACACCGGGCAACUCUUCACCGAUACAUCAAAGCUCUUUGGGCUUGGCAGGAUCGAGCUCUAGCAAUAACAAUUCGCCACUUCAUCUGGCUACGAUGCUCAACAACUUGGCAAUGAGUGGAUCGGCCUCUCAGGGCAGCGCUCAAGGUCCAUUCAUUUUGAAAAUGACAAACAUUCCAAGGGACGCAACACUUCGGGAAUGUCAUGCCAUCUUUGCAUUGGCAGAUGGCGUUCAUAACAUCAAUCUGUGCACUCAUCCUCCCAGCGAGGCAAACAAUUACACUCACACCAGCGAACUGGAAGCCAAGUUUGACUCCUUGCAUUUGGUUACUCGCUACGCGUCAAUACUGGACGGGAAAUCGCAUAUUUUUGGACCUGAGUUUCCUUAUAGAUCACAAGUUGUGGUAUACGACGAACUUUCGCAUCAGCAUAUUCCAUUCAAUCAGCACUUACAAUCAUCCCCAGAUCGUCAGACCCAAAUGCUAUCUCAAACUACACUUCAGCAUCCCCAAACUUUGCCCCAGGGACAACAACACCCAACAUUGCAGUCUAACUCAAAUGAACAAGUGGAACAGGCGUCGGAUCAACAACAAAACCAACAACAAAAUGCAUUUCAACUUCCUGGCUCCAGUAGCGUGGUUUCUCCACCUCAGUCUGCCUCUUCAGCAAAAAGACCCGGUCUUUACGGUCAAAGAUCAAGGUUUUCAUUUUCUGAUCCUUUCACCACCGAAAGUAAUCAGCCAUCGCAACCUCAGUCACAAGAUGUUGCGACUACACCAUUAAAAUCACAAGACGCUGGAAAGUCCUUUUUGUUGAUGGAGAAUGACGAAAUUAAUGAGAGCAUUUGGGGCUCCAAUGGUGGUAUACCGUCAAGCAUGGGCGGCCUUGCCACAACAACAUCGCAGCCUGCUACCCCCUCGUUGGAAUGGGGUCCACCGCAAAGAAAACAAAGUUCCAGCUUUUUCAAUUCGGUGGCAACCAAUUCGGUUCCAUCUAAUGACAUGCCUUCGAUGAAUAUGUCCUCAGCAUUGCCGCAUCAAAUGGGAUCAUCUUUGCAGCAGAACUCGAACCUACCUUUCACGGUUGUAGGACCUGCCCCUGGAACAAGUUCUGUACCUGCUGUUAAAAUGGGAUUACCCUCUCAACCUCAAUCCAGACAGCAACCAUCGCAAAGUCAAAUGGUACCGGUUGCUGCCCCGUCUCAAGAUCCCCAGGCUGCCAAUGGAACUCAGAAGCCUCCAGGACAGAGAAAUAGUACAUCAAAGGGUUCUCAACCUAAUAUCACUUUGCCUCAAAAGGCUGCCUCAUCAUCAUCGCUUCCUUCAACCGGUGGGAUUUCCCAAGUAGACCUGUCAUUGUUGGCCCGUGUUCCACCCCCGGCUAACCCUGCUGAUCAAAACCCUCCAUGCAAUACCUUGUAUGUUGGGAAUUUGCCCCCAGAUGCAACCGAACAUGAGCUUCGUCAAUUGUUUUCUACUCAAAAGGGCUUUAGGCGGCUUUCCUUCAGAAACAAAAACACUAAUGGGAAUGGCCACGGACCUAUGUGUUUCGUCGAAUUUGAAGAUGUCGCGUAUGCCACUCGGGCUCUUGCUGAGUUGUAUGGUAGACAGCUCCCACGUUCGGGCACUCAGCACAAUAAUAAAGGUGGAAUAAGAUUGAGCUUUUCCAAAAAUCCUUUGGGCGUGCGUGGACCCAACAGCAGAAGAAGCGGUAAUGGUGGAAGUGUUGGUAACGGGAAUUACAGUUACACUACAGCUUUCAGCAAGUGA